UUAACUAAAACUAAAAAGAAGAAGUCACUAACCUAUCACAACCAACAUAAUGGAAAAAAUAUAAAUUAUUAUUUUGAAUUAUUUAUAGUGUAAUAUACUAUAUACUGCCAUGGCAGGACAGUUAGCAAAUGUAGUAAAAACCUUUCAAAAAUUAACAAUAGCCUCAAGAUGUAGAAUUGUCGGUACUAUUAUUAAUCCUGUAAAAGAGCAUGAACCCCAAAUUUUGACUCAAACUUCUACAAGAAAUACUAACUUCUUUAAUAAAUUACCUGCACAAGAUUUAUGGAAAGGUAUAACUUCUGUCAGUAAUGCUGGCAAGAAGAGAGGUAGAGCUAAAAAUGUAUCGAAAUCCAAAAUUAAAGACUUAAAUCGUGGUCAGGUCAUUGGUGUAGGUAAAGCAAAUAUUGUGUGGCCAGGUCUCUCAGCCCCCAUAAUUAGAGGAAAAGAAUUAGUGGAACAACAUCAACUACCAGAAGAUCCAGAAAGAGAGAAGAAGCUAAUUCAAAUUAGAGAUCAGAUGGGCACCAUAAAGAGGCCAAAAUUAAGUCCCAUUGAGAGAGGAUGGUCAGGUUCUAAGUUACCUGGAAGAAGUAUUGGACCACCAGAUCCUGUUGAAGAAGAUAACUUUGAAGGUUUUGAUACAAAAGUGUUAGAAUUAAAAACUGUGUUCAACAUGAAAGGCAAUUUUGGCAGAACGAGAAGGCAGUCAGCUUUAGUGGUAACUGGUAAUGGUAAGGGGCUUGCCGGUUUUGCUCUAGCAAAGGGUAUUGAGGGUAGAGCAGCCUUAAGAAAGGCUAAGAAUAGAUCCGCUCAAAAAUUAAUGCAUAUUAAGUUGUUCAGAAACCACACAGUGUGCCAUGAUUUCUUCACGCAGUUUGGUACAACAAAAAUUUACGUAUCACAGAAACCUGAAGGACACGGUUUAGUUUGUCAUAGAGCAAUAAAAACAAUAUGCGAAGUUGUAGGUAUUAAGGAUUUGCAUGCUAAAGUAGAAGGAUCGACAAAUGUAGGAAAAAUCAUGAAGGCUUUCUUCUUGGGGCUGAUUAGACAGAAAUCUCCUGAAGAUAUGGCUGAAGAGAAGAAGCUGCACUUAGUAGAAUUCUGUAAAGAAAAUAAUUACUUUCCAAAUGUCAUAGCUUCACCUAAAGAAUGUCGAAAGGCCAACGAAAUUCCCAAAGAUGAAAUUCUAGAUUUUAAACAGUACUGUUUUGAUGGCAAAGUUGUGUUAAAGAGAAAGAAGUAUCCACCGUUUUAUACAAAAUUCAAGUCCUACGAAAUAUAUUUGAAAAAGCAAGAAAAGAUAAGAAAUCAGGAUAAGGUUCGACAACAUUUGAUAGCAGAAUAUGGUGAAAUUCAAAGUUUCCUAACGGAGAAGUACCCAGAGUGCAGGCAGUAUAGGAAACCUCCAAAGGAGAAAGAAGUAGAAGAAGAAGAGGCAUAAUAUUUUUAAUUAGUUCUAAUAAAAUAUCUUGUUUAUAUUUAUA